CUUCUUCUUAUCCUUUCUUCUUCUUCGCUUUACUCUGUUCUUCUUCUUCUCCUCACUUGAAACUUUCUUCUUUGUUGCAGGUUUAAUCAAAGGUUCAAUUCCAACAUGCUCCAGCUAUUAAAUAUACAUCUCCAAUUGGUUUUCUCAAACGUUUUGAAACAUAGGAGAAAAUUACUUCACAUAUAUUUUCCAACUCUGAAUUUAGCAGGAGUUUCGUGUCCGUCCAUGAUAAAAAAAUAAAUGGAAGUGGUGCAAAAACUUUUUAGAAAUAUAAAUCAUGUAACAUAAGCCCAUUAGAAAUGUCGUUCGGUUUGGUUUGAUUCUGUUUUUUUGGUAAGGUUAUUUUGCCAACCAAAGCCUAGCUGUUCGUGGAUUUAGGACUUGGCUUUAGAAAAGCCGAGUUAGUAGUGCCCAUUAGAAAAUACCUCUUUGCUUGUGAAUAUGUUGGAUUUGGAUUCGCUUUUUAACCCUAAAAAAAGUCAUCGGUCUCAUACUUGUAACUUGUAAGUCACUCGUCGUCCUCUUUCUUCUCCAGAUCAUGUUCUCGAGUGGAAUCUCUAAUGCAGUAGUUUCGAAACUCUGUUAGGGUUUCCAAUUUGGUUUAUGACAACACAAGUGAAUCGUUUUGAGAUUAAUUAUUGUCAUCAUAUCUUAGUUUUUAGCCGGAUUUUUGUGUUCGACUGCGUUUGCGUUUGGAACUGUUCGUAACGCAUUAGCACUGGGAAGGAUUUUUAGAGAAUUUAUAUCUCUAAUUAACUACAAAAGAACGGAACAACAGUUCAAAACUGAUGGUUUAAGUUUGAGAAAUCAAGGGGCUAUGAAGGAUGACAGAAUCAGUGAGUUGCCUGAAGAUUUGCUUCUGCAGAUAUUGUCUUAUAUUCCAACAGAAAAUGUCAUAGCCACGAGUGUUUUGUCUAAACGUUGGAGAUCUCUAUGGAAGAUGGUGCCAAAUCUCAAGUUUGAUUUUGAGUUUGAUCCUAAGAUUGAAUCUAAGUAUCACCAAACAUUUUCAGAUAAUGUUUACAGGUCCUUGACUCUACAUAAAGCUCAUGUUCUAGAAAGUUUGCAUUUGAACAUUAUACGUGGAACUGAUGGCUUGAAUAUUGGAAUGUGGAUUGCAACUGCAUUUGCACGUCAUGUGCGUAAAUUGGUAUUGAUUAGUUUCUUUGAUGUGGGUAAUGAGAGGAUUAUAUUUCCAAGUGUUUUGUUUAGUAAUGAUACACUUGAGAUCUUGAAAAUCCAGAAUUAUAUUCUUUUAGACCUUCCUUCUCCGGUUUGUUUAAAGUCACUGAGAGAGCUGCGCCUUUACCAUGUAAAAUUCAAAGACGAAGAAUCAGUUUCCAACCUUUUAGGUGGCUGCCCUUGUCUUGAAGAUUUGGUUGUGCAUAGAGAUAGCAAUGUCGAUGUGAAGACUUUCACUAUUGCGGUGCCAUCAUUACAGAGACUAACCAUAGAAGAUUCUAACCCAGGAAGAGGUAAGGGAGGCUAUGUGAUAAAUGCCCCUUGUUUGAAAUACUUGAACAUCGACGGGUUCGACUGGCUUGAGUUUUGUCUGAUUGAGAAUGCACCAGAGCUGGUGGAGGCAGAAAUCAUUGACGUUAUUGAUAUAACCAAUGAGAACAUUCUGGAAUCUCUAACUUCUGUCAAACGUCUUUCCUUAGACUUAUCACUCCUUGAGAUUAAAUUUCCUACUGGUAAAAUCUUCUAUCAGCUAGUAUAUUUAGAGCUAGGUACAUAUAAUAGUAUGUGGUGGAAACUACUUUCGCUCAUGCUCGAUAGCUCUCCUAAAUUACAAAUUCUCAAGCUCAACAAUGCAUAUCUGUGUGAUGAAGAAAAAGGUCUAUACGGACUGAAAUGGAAUCCACCAAAAUGUGUAGCGGAAUGUUUGUUGUUCCAUCUUGAGAAACUCUUGUGGAUAGGAUACGAAUGGCAACAAGGAGAUGAGAAAGAAGUGGCCACAUACAUCCUAGAAAACGCAAGAUGUUUGAAGAAAGCAACUUUCUCCACAAAGAGCAUUGAUCCGGAUAAGAACGAAAAGUUGGAAAAGAGACGUGAGAUGCUCAACGAGUUGGCUAAUGUGAGCAGGGCUUCAAAUUCAUGUCACCUUGUGUUCGAUUCUAUCUAAUCUGCUGAACUUUUAGUAUCUGUGUUUUGGCCAUUGGGAAAUGUAAAAUUCUCAACUUUACCUAUUUAGUGGGAUGCUAAUAUUUGUUGACAUUCUGUGGAAGAUAUUUUGAAGACAAUUCAAGCAGUGGAUUUAACAAUGAACUA